AUGACUUCACGACGGUUGCAAAAAGCGAUAGAGAACCAAACUCUUGAGCUCAAAAUCAUAUCAGCCAAUGAUGUCAGAUAUAUCGAUGGUAAGGACAAGAUGGACGUGUACGCCGUCGUUUCAAUGAAAGACGACUAUACUCAAACGAAACAAGCGGCCAAAACACCCAUUGACUACGAUGGUGGUUGCAACCCGACUUGGAGUCACACCGUUAAGUUCUCCGUCAACGAGAAAGCAGCUGGUGAAGGCCUAUUGACCGUUAACGUCAAGUUAUAUAGCUAUUGGCUCGAAGGAGAGGACGAUCUUUACUUGGGAGAAGUCAGCGUGUCUCUCCAAGAGCUUCUUGCCUACAAUCCGCUUCCACCAUUUGCUAACGGUGACGUCAAUAAAAUGAAGUUGGUGACUUAUCCUAUCAAAACCAUAGAGGAAGCAAAACGAAAUGCAAAGCUGAGCUUCUCAUGCCGGUUCAACUCGGUUAAAGAUAUUUAUCCAAAUCCGGGUCCAACGGGAUCAUGUCAGCCAGUCAUAUAUUCACCUCAGUUACAUACCACCACGGUGACAAAACUAACCUUAGAGCUCGUGAUCAAAUGUGCUAAGGAUAUAGAGAAAGUCACCAAUAUCCUCGACGAGAUGGACGUAUAUGCUUUGGUUACAAUCCGUGACGGUAAGAAAAGUGUUAAGCAUAAGAGCAGUACGCCUGCUGUUUUCUGCGCCUAUCAAAACCCAAAGUGGGACCACGCCGUUGAGUUCUCCCUCGACGAGCCGUUAGCUAGAGACGGGAGUUUGACGCUAUUCGUUGAACUGAUGAGUCUCCGACCUUUCUUGGGAGACAAGCAAAUAGGACAUGUCAACGUCUCGAUCCAGGAGCUUUUACGUUUGAAACCGCCGUUAACAAACGGUGAUAGUGAUAGUAACGAUAUGAUGUUAGUGACCGAGAGUGUUUCAGGUUCGUAUGGCAAAAAAGGAACGUUGAGCUUUGCUUAUAGGUUUCUUGCGGAGCAGGUUACACUUCUCAAGCCAUCACCAUCCACAAACCGUCUACCCGUCUCAUAUCAGACACAACAACAACAAUCCCAACCACCACCAUAG